AUGAAGAACACGAGGCGUCGGGGGCGUCGAAUGGAGAGAAUCAGAGGACCUUUACAGUUUAUACCCUUGGCUAUAUCGAUCGACGAUUCGAAGAUCGCCCACAAGUCAUCGCGCUCCGCCUCUCUCGCUCUCGUCCACAGUCGAAACUCGAAAGUCCACCUGAAGACUGAAGUCCUUUCUCUCGUUAGUCGUUACAGUUUACACCCUUCACCCUUCAGCUUUCAGCCUUUCUCUCACCCUUUCUCUGGUUACUGCCCAGGGAAGGGAAAUUUCGAUCAAGUUGAAGUUGCAGACUUGCAGUCUUGUUGUGGAUACAUAUUGAUAACUUCAAGUUGUGGAUACGGAUUGCUAAGUAACAUCAGUUUAAAUAUGUUUCCUAGAAAACAGCCAUCUGGUGCUCAAAAUAGAAAAAGAAAACAAAGAGAAGAAGAUCUUACUAAUAAAUUACAAGGAUCUUUAAAUAAGUACUUUUUUAGAAGUGAAAAUAAUCAUGAAAAUUCUAAUGAUGUUGAAACUAAUGAUUUUGUUGAUAAUUCUAAAGGUCCAAUUGAAACUUCUAAUGAACCUAUUGAAAAUUUUAAUGAUCUUGAAAAUAAUGAUUUUAUUGAUAAAUCUAGUGAUAUUAAUAUUUUUGAUCCAAGAGUAUGGGAUAAGUUAGAUUUAAAAAUGAAAGAUUUGCUUGUAGAAAAAUGGCCUAUUAGGGAAAUUGAAAAUUACAAAUUUUUUCCAAAAGAUGCAUUAGGUAGACAUUUUUCUUGUGAAUUUUAUGUUCGUAAAUUAAGAAAUGGUGACUCUUAUGAUAGAAAGUGGUUGGUGUAUUCGAAAGAACUUGAUAAAGUGUUUUGUUUUUGUUGUAAGUUAUUUAAAACAGCUCGAUCUAGAAGUAAUUUGGCAACCGAAGGAAUUAAUGAUUGGAAACAUCUUAGUGAAAAAUUGAAUGAACAUGAACAUAGUUCUGAACACAUGAUUAAUUUAAAAACAUGGACACAAACACGACUUAGGUUAAGGAAAAAUGAAACAAUUAAUAAAGAGUUACAAGAAAGAAUAAAAAAAGAUAUUCAACAUUGGAAAGAAGUUUUGAUAAGAAUUAUUGCUGUUGUAAAAUGUUUAGCUGAAUAUAACUUGGCUUUUCGUGGAGCUAAUGAAAAAAUAUAUGAGAAAUCUAAUGAUUGCACUCCGGAUGCAAGUCGUAAAGAACAAAUGACUUUAAUUAUUAGAUGUGUUGAUGUUACAAGUGUUCCAAUAAAAGUUGAAGAGUUUUUUUUAGAGUUUUUAAUUGUAGAAGAUACAUCUGGUUUAGGACUUUUUAAUGUGUUACAAAAUGCUUUAAAAUCUCUUGACUUGGAUAUAAAUUGUAUCCGAGGACAAGGAUAUGAUAAUGAAGCAAAUAUGAAAGGCAAACAUCAAGGUGUACAAAAAAGACUACUUGAUAUAAACUCAAGAGCUUUUUAUAUGCCUUGUGGAUGUCAUAGUUUAAACCUAGUUUUGUGUGAUAUGGCAAAUUCUUGUCAUAAAGCUAAAACUUUUUUUGGUACGUGUCAAACAAUAUAUAAUGUUUUUUCUAGCUCCACACAUAGAUGGAGUGUUUUACUUGAUCAUGUUGAUGAAUUAACCCUAAAAUCAUUAUCUACUACUCGUUGGGAAAGUCACAUUGAAAGUGUUAAAGCAAUAAAAACUCAACUUUUUGAAAUAAAAGAAGCAUUAACAAAAUUAGCUCAAGUGAGUGAUGAUGGUAAGGUUUGUAGAGAUGCGGAAUCACUAGUAAAUGGUGAAUUUUCUAAUUUUGAAUUUAUUUUAAGUUUAGUGAUAUGGCAUGAAAUUUUAUAUAGAAUUAAUUUGGUAAGUAAAAAAUUACAAUCCAAAGAUAUGAUUCUUGAUGUUGCAAUAAAAAACUUAGAGGGAUUAGUUAAUUAUUUUGAAAAAUAUAGGGAAAAUGGGUUUGACUCUGCUAUUAAUGAGGCUAAAGAAAUAGCAGAAAAUAUUGGAGUUGAACCAAAAUUUCCUAUCAAACGUGUUCAUAGUAGAAAAAAACAAUUUGAUGAAAUUCCAAAUACCGAAAGAGAACAACAAUCUUCUCAAGAAAAUUUUAGAACUGAUUAUUUUAUUGUUAUAGUAGAUAUGGCUCUAAAUCAAUUGAGAAGUAGAUUUGAGCAAAUGCAACAUUUUGAAUCUAUUUUUGGAUUUUUGUUUGAUGGUUUAAAGUUAAAAUCCUUAUUUGAUGAUGAAUUAAAAAAAUGUUGUAAGAAACUUGAAACUAGUUUGACAAAUGGUGAAGACCUUGAUAUUGAUGGAAAAGAUUUAUUUAUUGAGUUACAAGUUUUGCAGGAAAUGUUGACGGAUGAAGCAUACAAAGGUGAACUUCCUUGGACAGCCAUUCAAAUUAUGGAGUUUGCAAAGGAAAUGGACAUGUUUCCCAAUGUGUUGGUGGCAUAUAGGAUUUUGUUGACGGUACCGGUCACGGUUGCUUCCGCGGAAAGAAGUUUUUCGAAAUUGAAGUUAUUGAAAUCAUAUCUUCGGAGUACCAUGACUCAAGAAAGAUUAAAUGGAUUAGCAAUUUUGAGUAUUGAAAGUCAAUUCCUACGAAGUCUUGAUUAUGAUAAAAUAAUAGAUGUUUUUGCUUCAAAAAAUGCAAGGAGGCAUCGUUUUAGAUAG